CCCGAAGAGGAUGGCGACAUGUUGAUGGAACCGAACGACUUUGCACCCAUCACAGUAUUGCGUUCGCAAGAGCAUCAUUUCCAUAUGCCGCCCACGACAACAACGUCGGCGCUGCUUCAUCACCAACAGCCACAGGCGCAGCUGCAGCAACCCCUGCUUCCCUCAGCCCCCAAGCCAAGACGCUUUCAGGCGCCUGUCCCAACCGGACAAGAACAGUUCCGACCCAUACCCAAUCCGCAGCUAAUCGCAAGGGCUGACAUCGUUGGGGGCAACAUCGACUCGCAUAGUCAAGCGGCACAGAACUUCUAUCCGCCGUUUUAUCAUGAGGCACCACCAUUGGGUCACUCGCGUCCCUACUUUCCGGGCCCACCCGAUGGCGCACCCGUUUUGCCAACAAAAUACGCCGAAGGACCCGUCCCACCCCAACAGCGAGGCUUCGAUGCAGCCAUUCUAGGAUCUGGCGAUUUUGGCGUGCUGCGAGGUGGCACUUUCUAUCCCGAAGAGGAGAUGCCCUACCAUCAGGAGGACAACAGUGACUAUAUCUACAGCGAUGCAAAUAAUGGUCAUGGCCGUCCAACGGAGGGCUUUGUACAAAAGUACACCUAUCCGGAGGAGCAGUUCGCCAACUUCCGCGAUUUUGCCGAUAUAAAUACGCCCGCUGAUUCGGCCUUCUCCCAGUUUGUGGUUGUCUAUGCGGCUAAGAAUGCUACGAAAUCCAAUACGCAUCCGCAUCCGAAAAAUAUUUUCGAACAACUCGAACUGCUGGAUCGCCAGAAGGCGCUCGAGGAGAAGGCGCUGAAAAAACAACAGCCCAGCAAGUCCAAAUCGAAGCUCUUCAAGACGAAGUUGCAAAAGAAGUAUAAAAAGAAGUUGAAUCCCAAGAAUAUCGAUUUGGAGCCGUUGCUGGCGAUGAGUUAA